AUGCAGAACCAAUACAAAGACGAGAACACCUACUCCAACUUCAGCGUUCGCAGCAAUCCCAGCAUUACCACCAACAGAUCAAUGUCUGACACCGAAUCAACGACGAGUCAACUCGACUCCUUCCACUCGCCUCUCCGUUCCGACUCUCCGCUCCGCUCCGAUGACCCUGAACCUCCACCUGAGAAAUUCCUCAAAAAAUCCCCUUCCAAAGCCAUUGUUACAGUUGAUAAGUACUAUUCGCCUCUUCGAUCCCCCGUAAAACCACCUCAAAGUCCACCAUUUCGUGCGAAUUCAGAAUUUGCGGCGAGUUAUCCGCCGCCGGUGAAACUUCGUGAUCAGGCGUCGCCGUUGGUGGUGAUGAAUAAGGCGGUGAGGGAGGAGGUGGCGACGGGGGAAACGAGGGUGGGGCCUACAGGAGCGGGUGGUGGAUGGGAGACUUAUGGUGGUCGUGGUGGUGAGGAUGGGGUGGGAGCAGAAAGGAGGUCUCGGGCGGCGGUGGCGCCGGUACUGAGGAGGCCGAGGGGGGAUGUGAUGGUGGACAAGGCGGCGUUAGGGUUUAGGGUUUGCGAGGUGAUUUUGUGCUUGAUUUCGUUCUCCGUAAUGGCUGCUAAUAAGACGCAGGGAUGGAGCGGCGAUUCUUUUGAUCGUUACAAAGAGUACAGGUCUGAAUUUGAUCUUUUCCUUUGUUUUUCUUCACAUUCACGUAUACCUGCUCAUAGGGCUGUCAAUGGCCUCAGGUGA